AUGGUGGUUGCGGGUGUGGUCUUGGUGGCAGUGGUAGAGAGGGUAGCAAUGAUGGUUGACGAUGGAGAAAAAGGCAACUUACAGUAUCCUAAACAAAGGGGUGUCGGAGAACUUGUUUGCAUUUAUAAUAGAAUUAUGGAACUCUGGCUUAUUUUGUUCAUAACUUGGUCUUCGUUGGCCGUUUCGCUUACUGUUUUGGAUUUGCUUUGCAAGUUUGGAAGCCGCAAAUUCGGAAGCUUCAUGGAUGUUGACGGAGGUCAAGAUGGAGGAAUAGAUUUAGAAGGCGGAAGUGAUGAUGGCAGAGGGGAUCAUUGCGAUGGAGCAGGUGGUGGAGGAGGAAGCGAUGGAGGUGGAGGUGGAGGUGGAGGUGGAAGUGGUGGCGACGGCCGCGGCGGCGGCGGUGGUGAAGGAGGAGGAGGUUGA